AUGACUACCAGACAAACCACCGCUGCAGCUACGACCACUGUGCCAUCCGAAGACAUCCCGAGUCGAAUGGCCCACCUCGAAGCACAGAUACAGGAGGUCCAGGAUCUACUAGUUACCCUGACGGCAGCCCAGACCAGAAUCCCGUCCACACCGCCGGUGGACACCCCCAUACCCACAGUCGAAGCUGCAGAGCAACGAAGACCUCGCACACGAAACACCCCUGAGACAGUUCAAUUGCCGCCUCUUCAAGACUUUCGUUCUCCAUCGAUCCCAAGCACAUCACGAAUGCACACCGAGGACCCACCGGCUCGCUAUAAGAAAUCUACCAUCUCAGAGAGAAUCACUCCACUCAGCGAUAGGAUAGAACAUACCUUCCUACAAUGGAGCGCUUCGAUUCGGGACCUACUCGUAGCGUCGGCGUCGAAGCCGACUCGAUCCACACCUGCUCUGUUCACCCGAACCACGUUCCUCCCCAAGCCAACGAUGCUGGAGCGCGUGAAGACCGCAGUCCCAGCAUCCUCAGGAAACUGUUUCAAGUGUGGCAAGCCUGGCCAUUUCCAGGACAAAUGCCCCCUUAAUGCUAAUAUCAAGGAAAUCGACCGUAACGACCCUGAGGCAGAAGAACAAUGGGAAGAAGCCGUGGAACUUCAAUCGGAUACGUCCCUCGAGGAAAACGACGAGGCCUAG